GACUGUAGUGCUAACCUAUUAAGUGAAUAUAGAAAGAUGAUGUCAUUUGAGUUAUGAUUCAUUUCCUGUGAUUACUCUUAAUGUUGUGGCAAAUAUGAAAUAUGAGAACCCUAAAACCAGAUUUUAAAGUUUGACGGUUUCUAAAUUCUGCCUUAUUUGUCAACGGCAAGUGGAUGAACAUUUAAAAAGCCUCACAGGGCCAAGACACAGACAGCAACAAUCAUAGCUUUCCUCUCCACAAACUCUCCUACCUGUUCUUCCCUCUUGUCUCUCUUAUGUUCUUUCAGUGAGAAAAGAAAAGAUCUCUCAACCUUGUUGGAACUGAAUGCUCCUGUGCCCUUCAUAUAUAGCCUUUUCAGAUAUUGGCGAUUGGGAGCUUUAUUGAAUUCCUCUUUCAAUAUAUAGUCCGAGCAUAAUAACAACUUCAUAAUAACCAAGUGAUUAUUUUAUAGACAGGAUGAGUGUUAUGUAUAGUCCUGUUCUCAAAUACUCACAUGGAGUUCUAAGAAAAAGCCAUGAAAUGAUUUCAAAUAUUAACCAUCAUCAGCAUCAGGAUCAAAAUCAUCAUCAUCAACAACAACAGCAGCAAAAUUCUAGAUUAUUGAGGUACCGUUCUGCUCCAAGUUCAUUCUUGGAAAGCCUUGUUGAUAUUAACAAUGGUGGUGCUAGUGUCAAUGAGGACCCUCCUCUGGGACAUGGUUGUAACCAACAUAUUCCAUCCACAAGCUCAUCAUCAGAGGCCAUGUUUUCCAAGCCGAUACAAUCAAACAAUGGAUGGAGCCGCCGCGAUUCGGAACCUGUGCAAGUCCAAGAAGAGUACGGAGGAAGCAACAACAAGCCUACUGUGUUGAAGGAGGAAACUGGGAAUUCUUCUUUCUUAAAGGAACAAAAUGGUUACUCUUAUUGGUCUCAGCAAAUUCAAAGUUUGCCAACAAAUAAUAAUGGUUAUGAUGGCUCUUUUGGUGUAGUGAACUCUGUCAAUUCAGAUCACUCUACUCAAUCUGAAAUGGGUAUUAGGAAUUGCUCCAAUCUCAUCAGGCAAAAGAGUUCUCCAGCUGGAUUUUUCCCCAGUGAAAAUGGUAUGCAUUUUCUUUUAGUAACUCCCCUCUGGGAAUUAAAAUUGUCAAUUGAUAAAAAAAAUGGUAAAAUUAAUGUAUAUUGAUAUCAUUUAUAAAACGAUAUAAUAAUUUCUUUUA